AAUUAAAUGCAUUUAUUCUCCAAUGCACUUAUUUAUGUUAACCUUUUUUUGAUAAUAUUAUAAUUUAACAAAUUAAUGUAGAAUGUACUUAUUUGUGGUGAAACGAAAACUACAAUAAGUUUGGAUAUUGAAUUAAACAAUGAAAGAAUCAAAAGAAAUAGAUUAUUCUCAAAUAUUGUAUAAAUUAACAACAGAUAAAACUGAAGCCAAUGAUUUUGAAAAUAAAUUAGAACAAAUUUUGGACAAGACUCUUCCUCUAUUAUCAAAAAAUGAUAAGUAUAUAAUAUUCGGUGAUAACGAUAGUGCAAAUAAUUAUGUAGAUAUAAGGUACAAAUAUAUUCAAACUAUUACGUAUAUAUUAAAAAAGAUUCAGAUAAUAGAUGAAAUCAAUCACGACGACUGUAUUAGUGUUCAACAAUAUCAUACAUUUAAAAUUGCAAUAGAGUUAAUAGUAUCAAUAGGAAUUAUACCAUGCUUGUUACCUGGAAUUGGUAUCGAUAUGAAAAAGCUAUGUCCUAGAGCUUCAAAAUUAAUAGAAGAAAAGACAUCCAUUUUACAGAAAUAUGAGAGAUUAUGUUUGUCAAGCCGUUCUCUUAUUGAAUAUUACAAUGGAAGUCUUUUACGACCAGCUGUUCUUUCUCAAUUUGGUCCAUUAAUUGCAGCAUUGCUACAAUUAUCAUAUGCUCCUUUAACAAAACCUAACGAAGAACAAUUACCUUUGAAACAAGAAAGUGAAAUGAAUAAGGAACAAUUUAUAAUGACUGUUGAUUUACACAAAAAAUUACAAAAUGAUCAGAAACAAUUUUUAUCUGAAUUACUAACUUUAUUUGAUAAUUGUCCACAAUAUAUAAUUAUGAAGGAGUUGAUGAUUAUUCUGGGAAUUCAAAAAGCACCAAUGUGGAUUCGUAGAAUAACUAGAAAACAUUUAAUUGAAAAAAUUCAACAACCUAAUGGAGUCGUGUCAUUAAUUGCCACUUUGUGUAAUGAUACAUUAGAUUUUGGAACUGAUUGGAACAAGUUAGAUGUACUUGCUAGAUUAAUUGCUACAUCACAUGAAAUGAAUAAAAAUAAAUAUUAUGAAGCUAUAUGUCCACAGCUUCUGAAUCUUUUAACAUUAAAACAGAUUAAUCAUUACUCAAUAAUAGCUAAUAGCUGUAUAAUAGCUCUUUAUGAAAGUAAUCCCGAUAUUUGUGAGAAAAAUAUAAUUAAUAUUAUAAUGAAGCCUUUAUUAAUAACAAACUUGGAUCAUGAACAAGAGACAGAAAUAAUAGUACCUGAAUGUGAAUUGAAUACGUGUAUUGAAAAUCUUAUGACUUGUUUUGCACCAACAGAGGCAAAAUUUAAAUCUUUGCCUCACAAGCUUAUAUCGACUAUAGCUAUUCCAUUAUUUUGUAUUCAUAACAAAAUAAGAUCUAGUACUUGCUUGUUAAGGAACAAAGUGAGACAAUUAUUAUUGAAGCUUCUGCACGAUGAAAAUUUACAGCAUGAUCUUUUUUCUGCAUUCCUUGGAUAUAAUAUAAAAAAAAAUUUUGGACAAUAUAUAUCCAUACAAUUUGGAUCUAAUGGUGGACUUGAAAUUAUUGGAACCAUAAAGAAUUUAGCAUAUGAAGAAUUUGCAGAUAGUUUGUUUGACUUAAUAUCUGUUAAUGAGGUACUCAUUACUAAUUUAUUCUCUUAUUUGUUGAUGUCUCUAUCAAAUUCUACAAAAUGGUCCUGCAAUAAUACAUUAGAAACAUCUCAUGACAUAAUAGAACGCAUUGAAAAGCAAUUAGCUGCUAUUAAACUUCUAUCACAUUUGGCAAACAAAUCUGUUGUUCAAGAAGCGCAACUCAAGAAUCCUGAACCAUUGUUAAAUUUUAUCAAAUCCUUAUUUAAUGAGAAAGUAAUUAAAAAUCAAAAUAAUACUGAAAACGAUGAUCAUGAAAUUAUAUAUAUUAGUUUAAUGUUGAUCAAAAUGAUUCUAAGUUCUGAAAGCAAAAUGUUGAAUCGAACACAUUUUGAAUCAUUCGCAAAGUUUUUGAAAGAACAAAUUAAUAACUCCACAAUUUCGUCACAAUUGGUGGUACUUAUGAAGGAAAUACUUCAAUUCAUUGAAAGCAAACAGCAAUUUAAUCAAGUACAUUAUGAAGAUUUAUCUAUAGAUUAUAAAAAAUUUAAUAAAUUUGAAGAAGCUAUUCGAGAUUUGUCAGAUCCACUACUUCCAGUACGUGCUCAUGGGAUCAUAACUUUAACAAAAUUAAUUGAAACAAAGGAUCCAUUUGCUGUUGCUAGAAAAACAAUUCUUUUACGCCUAUUUCAAGAAAAUUUGAAACACGAAGAUUCUUUCAUUUAUCUUGCUGCAAUAAAUGGUAUGUGCUCUUUGGCUGUAACAUAUCCUCAAAUAGUAAUAGAAACAUUAGUUCAAGAGUACAUUGACAUGCCUCAAAGAAUUACAAGUGGAGAUAUUUCUGUAGAAAAUAGAAUAAAACUUGGUGAAAUAUUAGUAAAAACAACAAGAGGAUUAGGUGAAAUGACAUUGACACAUAAAAAUAUACUUAUUAAUGGAUUUUUAUGUGCUACACGUGAUCCGGACCCAUUAGUACGUGCAUCAAGUCUUUCUUGUCUUGGAGAGCUUUGUAAAGUAUUAGGUUUUCGUCUUGGAAAUAUUAUCAUAGAGGUACUCUACUGUAUUAAUUGUAUCUUAGAAACUGACAAAGCACUUGAAUGUCGUAGAGCAGCAGUCUUAGUCAUCAAUCUUUUAGUUCGUGGAUUAGGAAAGCAUGUUUUAACCGAUCUUAGCAAAGAUUUGGUUAUUUUAUAUCGUAGUUUAAAACAUUUAAGAGAUACCGAUAAAGAUCCAGUACUACGUCUACAUGCUCAAUUAGCUCUGGAAGAAAUUGACGAAGUUGUACAAAGUUUUCUUUUUGCCAAACCAAAAUUGGAAAAGACUAUAUUUUUAUUAGAAUAAAUAUAGUUAUUAUUUAAUAAUUAUAUACGUACUACAUAUAUACGAUUCUCAAUAGUACGUUGUUUAUAUGAGUUCUUGUUAUGUAUUAAUGUGUGUAUGUAUGCGUGUGUGUGCGUGUGUGUGUACAUAGUAUCUAUUAUAUCAUUUUUUAAAUAAUAAUAAUAAAAAAAAAAAAAAAAAAGAAAGACUUAUGAUUCAUUAGACAGCUGGAAAUUUGUAUAAAAAGUAACAAAUAUAAACUUUACAAAAAAUAUUGCAACAAACUCGUUGUAUACUAACAGUGUACAUCACAUAGCUAUAGUACAUCAUAUAUCACAACUUCAUCUUUCCUAAAACUAUAUAUAAAAGAAUGUAUCUAAAAUGUAAAGAAAUAAGAUUCAUUAUUGUAAAAAAACAUAUAACGUACAAUAAGCAUUAGAAAAAUUGUAUACAAUCUAUAUUUAAAUAAUAUAUCAAAUCCUAUAAUUAAAUUACCUCAAUUAUGGACUAUAGAAAUACAGUAUCUUCAGAGAAUGAACCAGCCAGACGAAUGGAAUCUCGAUUAAGGCACGCAUACAUCCUUUGUGGCUGUGAUGUUAAAGCCACUGAAGGUCUUGUCGUUAUUGCCCGUAAUAUAAAUUCUUUCCAGGAUGGUUCUGGGAAUGAUUUGUAUUUACUAUCUCCACUUGUAUCUACUUCAUGACCCGUACCUACAGAGGUCAUCAUAUGUACGGCCUACAAAAUUAUAUCGACAUGUUUAUUUUUGUUAAAGUUUUUUUUUUUUUUUUUUUUUUUUUUUUAACAAUUGUACAAAAAUAUUAAAUACAUCUUACUUUCUGAGCAUCUCGAAACAUUGACAUUAUACGAGCGCCAAUGUUUCCUCUUGGUCCAUCUGGCACAAAUACUUCUUUUCCUCUCAUUAAUUCUAUCAAAAAUGUUGUAAAUUCUUUAGAAUCGUCACUUCCACCUAAUUUCAAUUGCAAUGAGUUGACCUGAGCGACUAAAGCUUCUACACCUUCUAUAUCACGUGUUAUUUCCUAAAAUAGAAAAAGAAAGAAAGACAAAAAAAAAUAUAUAUAUAUAUUAUCAAUAUAACAAUAAAGAAAUUUAAUUAAUUAUUAAUUUAAUUAAUUUUAAGAGACUCACUUCGUAGAGCUGUAAUUUCUGAUGUAGUGGUUUUGUAACGUAUUGCAAUUUAUUUAAUAUACUCUGUGCAACGUCUGGCAAAUUUGGUAAAGCCUCUUGCUUUUGUAAAUUUAAAGUAUAAAGCGCAGCAUGCGUUAAGGACGGUAAAAGAAGUCGUGCGACCUGACCGAGUUUUCUUGAGCUUAGAAAGUGAAGAACUUUUUCAGCUUCUCUCGUGUCAUCGAAUAAUCGUUUUUGACGAUGGGCUGGUACUGGUUGAGCCGAUGCCCAAGUUGUUGACCAUGCAUUCUCAGGAAUUAACAUUCUUGGUGAGAGAUGACCUAGAUAUUUUUUCAUUAUAUUAUUCAUCAGGAAUAAUACUAAUAUGUGUUAGCUGACCAUUUGGUUGACCCCAUUCAUUGGUUCCUUUAUCUUCUAUCCAAUCUCGAGGAGAAUACCAUCUAAUGAAGUCUUCUAAUAUUGCACCUGGAUUGGCUGCCUAUUUAUAUAAAAUAUAUUAUUAUAUUUUAUUAAAUUUGUUUAGAUAU